AUGUCCAAAGGCCCCCACUACAUUGGAAUUGACGUCGGAACCGGCUCCGCCCGCGCUGCCUUGCUCGAUAUCUCAGGCAAGAUCAUUGCAGACAGCACGCAUGAGACGCGUACGUGGAGGGAUACCCGCGACCACAGGAUCUUCGAGCAGUCCACAACGGACAUCUGGGCAUCCAUCUGUCAAUGUGUUCGGGAUGUCUUAUCUGAGAGUGGAGUACCCCCGGAAGACGUGAAAGGCGUGGGUGUAGACGCGACGUGCUCGUUGGCGGUUACCGACGAGCAUGGAGGCCCGGUGUGUGUUACGGGUGGGAAGGAGUGCGGUGGGCAGGGGGAGAGGAAUAUCAUUCUCUGGGCCGACCAUAGGGCGGAGGAGGAGGCUUUGUUGAUCAACAGCACUGGGAGCAAGGUGCUGGACUAUGUUGGUGGAACAAUGAGCCUCGAGAUGGAAAUCCCGAAGAUCCUGUGGCUGAAGAAGCACAUGCCCGCCUCUGAAUUCGCUAAAUGCAUGUUCUUUGACCUCCCGGACUUCCUGACAUACAGACUUACCGGUUCACUUGCCCGGUCCAACUGCUCCCUGGUCUGCAAAUGCUCGUUCGUCCCCGUUGGCGUAGAAGGGUCAGAGGGAUGGAAUGCCCAAUUCCUCUCCCAAAUCGGGCUCGACGAUGUCGUCCAGCAGGGUUAUGAGCAGAUCGGAGGAACAUCCGGCAAGAACGGGAUGGUGCUUACUGCUGGGCAGGCUGUCGGAACUGGGCUCAGCGCACAAGCGGCGAAGGAGCUUGGGCUGAUGGCGGGAACAACAGUAGGAAGCGCUGUCAUCGAUGCAUACGCAGGAUGGAUCGGCACCGUAGCUGGUCGGUUUACCCAAGGCUCUGGUGGGGAGUUGAGCCCACAGCCGAAAUUGAGAGACUCCAGGGGCAGACUUGCAGCCAUCGCCGGCACGAGCACGUGUCAUAUUGUGCAGAGCGAGCAGGGGGUAUUUGUCCCUGGUGUAUGGGGACCAUAUAAGAAUGCUGUCUUUCCGGGAUGGUGGAUGAACGAAGGCGGGCAAAGCUCAACUGGCCAGCUUAUCGACUUCAUGAUCAAGACUCAUCCGGCGUACGAGGAGCUGAAAAAGUUGGCAGAGGAGAGGAAGACGAACAUCUUUGACGUUCUCGCUUCGACGCUCGACGAUCUGAAGAAGGAAGCUGGCACGACGAGCCUAACGUACCUGACCAAGGACCUGCAUUUCUAUCCUGACCUACAUGGUAAUCGCUCCCCUCUAGCUGACCCCAGGAUGCGGGGCUCGAUUGUAGGACUCGCACUCGACAGUGGCUUAGGCGACCUCGCGCUCAAGUUCAACGUCACACUCGAAGCGAUCGCUCUACAAACGCGGCAUAUCAUCGAGGAGAUGAACGUGCACGGACACAAGAUCGACUCGAUCUACAUGUCCGGCAGCCAAGCCAAGAACGCAGCGCUCAUGCAGCUCCUGGCGGACGUGUGCGACGUCCCUGUCAUCCUGCCUCAUUCGCCGUCUGCUGCUGUCGUCGUUGGAGCAGCGAUGCUCGGCCGGUUCGCGGCGGAAGUAGGGGCUCGGACUGGGGAUCUGAAGACUCAUGAAGAGGCAGAGAGGGUCAGCGAGCAGACGAAAGAGGAUCUGUGGCAGAUCAUGAUCGAUAUGACCCAACCAGGCAAGCAAGUGGCUCCGUCCAGCUCACCCGCAGACAAGAAACUGCUGGAUGCCAAGUACCAUAUUUUCAGGCAGGCGAUUGAUAUCCAAAGGAGCUGGCGAAAGUUGAUGGAGGAGGCUGCCAAAUGA